AUGGGGCUGUGCACAGCCACGCGCUCCUACGCAUAUGGGCUCUUCGUCACCGACUACUUCACCCGCACACCACGCAAGCUCAGCCCCUUCCGCUCUUUUGCCAGCAUUGAGCUCUUCCACUUCCACAUCCCUGAGGACACAGUCAUAGCCGUCUGGAACCUCAUCACCUUCAAAGAGCAGGGUGGCACCUUUGGGGAUCAAUGCCCAGACCGUAGCAUCACCGUGUAUUUCCGCUCAGGGGCUCCCUCCGUCAUUAACCCGCUGCACACGCACUUCCCCAGGGACACGGCUGUCCCUGGCUCCUUUGCACUGACCCUCACCUGGACCCUGCCCAACCGCACCACGGGGGUGUUCAACGUCACCAGCCCCCUGCCCGGGGACUGGUUCCUGGCUGCCCACCUGCCCAAAGAUGAGGGCAAGAUCUCCGUCAAGGGGCUCUACGAGGAGUGCCAGUAUCUCUUCCAGCCACAGCUCAUUGUGCAGCGCCUGGUGAACAUUGCUGUGCUGUACCCUGGAUAUGUCACCGAGCAGAGCAUGGGCCCCCACAACCGCUCCUGCCUCUACAAGGUGUUUGUGCCCAGCUACACAUCACGAGUGCUGGUGGAGGUGCUGCGGUGCCACGGGGCCGAGGGCUGCCCGCUCUGGCUGCGUGUGCGGGCCAAGGCUCCCCCUUUGCACAACUCCACAGCGCUGGACUGCCGGGAGCACGCUCCCUGCCAGCUCGCACUGGACCUGCCCUUCUGGCAGCACUGGUACUAUGUGCUGGUGGAGAAGCACCCCGGGGUGCCAGGCACUGUCUCCUUCCAGGUCACCGUGGAGCUCACAGAUUGCUCACGACCCAGCUUGGCCCGGCCACCCUUCCUGCCCUCCAGUGCCUCCAUGAACAUGCCCCACUCCUUCGGCUCUGCGGGUGGGCUGGCGCUGGGGGACAGCCCUCCGCCCGCCAGCCCCAAUGGCACGAAGCACCCGGUCCCUGUCCCCACCGCCUCACCUGCUGGCGAGCGGUGCUGGCCAGUCCGCCCCACACUGCGCAAUGAACUGGACACCUUCUCCGUCCACUUCUACAUCUUCUUUGGGCCCAACGUGUCAGUACCACCCGACCGCCCCGCUGUCUUCGUCAUCAACCUCCUGCCGGUGCUGGAUAGUGGUGGGGUGCUCAACCUGGAGCUGCGGCUCAAUGUGAGCUCCCUGUGUGGCGAGAACGUGACAGUGUUCGGGUGUCUGAAUCACGAAGUCCCGCUGACAUCUGGUGACAACGCAUCGGUCACCUGCGAGACAGAGUCCCUGGCAGGAUUCCUGCUCUCCGUUAACGCCACGGCCAGCCUCAGCCGCCUGCGGAUCCCCUACCCCCAGACGGGCAGCUGGUACCUCAGCCUGCGCUCGCUCUGUGCCACGGAGCAUGGGUUCGAGCCCUGCACCAAUGUGACGGCCGAGGUGUACCUGCGCGCCUACCUCUCGCCCUGCAUCAACGACUGCGGCAUCUACGGCCAGUGCAAGCUGCUGCGCACCAACAACUACCUGUACGCUGCCUGCGAGUGCAAAGCUGAAUGGAACCGCUGGGGCUGCCCAGACAAUGCCGAGGCGUGCUCCUACGGCUUCCAGCUCCUCUCCACACUGCUGCUGUGCCUCAGCAAUGUCAUGUUCGUGCCUCCCGUGGCCAUUGCUGUCCGCAGCCACUACCUCCUGGAAGCUGCCUUCUACAUCUUCACCAUGUUCUUCUCCACUCUCUGCGGCGGGCUGUGUGUGUGCAGGCAGGACCCGUCAUCCCUCCUCCUCUCCUUGCCCAUGCACACCCAAGCGGGCAGCAGCGACUGGGGGCUGGAGAGAGGUCCCAGCCUUUGGGGUCUCUCUGGGUGCAGGAGGGUGCCGUGCCCCGUGCUGGCCCCGGGGGUUCUUGGCCACACGUGGGGUGCUCCAGGCGGCUGGUGUGUGCUGCUCAUCCUGGUGACGUCCGUGAUGGGCCAUGUGAAGGCUCAGCUCGUCAUCUGGAGGACGUGGGGUGCCCUGGCCAGCCCCUGGCAGAUGGUGCUCCUGGUGAGGCAGGCAUCUGAGGCAGUGGUGGGCCAGGGUGUGCAGCGAGAAGGGCAGGAGUUCAAGGACAACUUACUGGGGAGCUUCAGGGAUAUGUCCUGCAACCUCACCCUGAAGGUCAUGCACGGCAUCUCAGCAGCGCCGGCCCUGCUACAUCCUCGAGAUGGAUGA